AUGGAUAGAGAGCAUCUUCUAUGCAAAAUCGGAUCCAAACGCGAACGGUCUACAACAGUGAUGAUCACAGUCUCGUCUGUCAUGUUCUUCAUAGCUACAUUCCACGUCAUGUUGGGUGCCAUCCGACUCGUGCAUGGCUUCUCGGACGAGCUGUUUACGAUUGCAGGUCCAGCAAGCUACAUAGGCGACUUGAGGAGCUGGAAGCAUGUCUUACAGGAUGCGCUGUAUGCGACCCAGGUUAAUUUAGGGAGCGCGGCACUGGUGUUGGAUUAUGUGGAAUCGGGAUUGGAAGAUCAUAGUAUUUCCGACAAUGAUGCUUCUGACCAAUACUGCAACAUAGCUGUGGGCUACAUCCUGUGCGGCACAUAUCCGUCCGUGGAUCCCUCUGCCUCCAUCUUCAAUGGGCACAUCACACAGUGGAUAAAGGCAUUAUAUUCUAUUGCAGUAGUGUUAAACUCGAUCACAACUGGUCUCUUGGUAUACCGGAUAUGGACCACGUACAAGGAAUCCCCAAGCUAUAGACUUGGGGAUCGGAAGACAGUGCCAAUCGCUCGUCUGCUCAUUGACUCGGGUGCACUGCAGCUUCCAUGCGAAAUCAUCGUUUUGAUUUUGUAUGUUACCAAGAUGAACGCUCAGUACAUUAUGCUGGAGUGCAUAACCCCGAUUGUGAUGCUAUCCAAGGCCAUCACAUUUAAUGCAAUCACCAUACGCCUCAAGAUGCAUUCUGCGUCCAUGGACGUUAUUCCCUUGCCAAAUAAUCAUAUCCGAACUGCUGGCGGUACCGUCAGGCCCGUUGCAAGAACGUUCCAGGUUAGCGUCAUCACAGAAGGCGACGAGGAAAAUUUGGACGCAUAUCAAAUGGAGGCCAAGUCUAAGGAGGGAUCAUCUUAA